AUGGAGAACCUACUGUCGGUCGCAUUUGAUCACCUCUCCUCCUACGACGGAGCCAAGAUCCGCAAAGGCCUGCGCCAAGUCGAGGGUCUGCUUGCAACCAUAUGUUUAUCCAAGCGCGACAAGGACGAGAACGGGCGCGCCGAUGAGCAGGAUGGGCACUCGAGACCGCCACAACCCAAGAACCUGGCCGAGAUCUCCGAUGAUCCGGCUUUUGAGCAGUUCUUCAAGCUGCAGGAAGGAUUCGAGUGGAAUGUCGCCUUGCGCCUGGUCAACACGCUGGACAGACUGUUGGCAAAGGGAAACGAUGGCCAGAAUGACUUGCUCAUCCUCAGCGCCUUGGAUCUUAUUCAAGGUGUCUUGCUCUUGCACCCGCCCAGCAAGAUCCUGUUCUCUCGAGAGAUUUACAUGAAUAUGCUUCUCGACCUCCUCGAGCCCGACUUCCCACCAGCCGUCAUGGGCGCAACGCUGCUGACACUCGUGGUGUCACUGAUCGAUACUCCGCAGAACACACGCACCUUUGAGCGGCUCGACGGUCUCUUGACCAUUUCGUCGCUGUUUAGACAGCGCUCGACCUCGCGCGACGUCAAGAAAAAGUGCAUCGAGUUCCUCUACUUUUACCUCAUGCCCGAGGUGCCCUCGAUCCCUUCGGCGCAGGCCCGCGACUCGGUCCCAGCCCUGCUCCAGCGGAGCUCGAGCAAGCUGGCCGGUGCCUUUGCUUCCUCCGACGGCUCACGCCAACGGCGCGACAGCGACGCCUCGCAGCAUACCAGGACUCAGGAGGAGAAGCAGCAGCUGCUGGCGCGGCAUCUCAAUAGCGUCGACGACCUCGUCCGGGAUCUGCAGGGCAACAUGCUCUUUGGUGGCGUCGUAUAA